UUGUUAUUCAUUUACCAGCUCUCUGUUUCUCUCGGGCUUAGCUUCAAUGGCUUCAGUUCUAACCAGAAUUUUAGCUAUCCCAUCUUUAACUUCUCUCCCUUUAACAACAAACCCCAACAAGGCCUUCACUUCCAGAAGCGUUUUCUUACCCCAUCAAAACAAUGCCUUCUCUUCCUCCGGUUUAAGGUGGAAGCUCGAGAAGAAAAACAACAGCAUUGCGGUUCAGUGUGUGGCGUCGGCAGUUGCCGAGGAAGAGCCCGAGGUGACCUCCGGCGAGACAUUUGAGUACCAAGCCGAGGUUAGUCGAUUGUUGGAUUUGAUUGUUCAUAGUCUGUAUAGCCACAAAGAGGUGUUUUUGAGAGAGCUUGUAAGUAAUGCGAGUGAUGCUUUAGAUAAGCUUAGAUUCUUGAGUGUGACUGAGCCUUCUCUGCUUGGAGAUGCCGGGGAACUCGAGAUACGAAUCAAAACUGACCCUGAUAAUGGGGCUAUCACUAUCACAGAUACAGGCAUUGGAAUGACAAAAGACGAGCUCGUUGACUGUCUUGGAACAAUUGCACAAAGCGGUACUUCAAAAUUUCUUAAGGCUCUUAAGGAAAAUAAGGAUCUAGGGGCAGACAAUGGCUUGAUUGGACAAUUUGGUGUUGGUUUCUAUUCUGCUUUUCUUGUUGCUGAGAAGGUGGUUGUGUCCACAAAGAGCCCAAGGUCAGAGAAGCAAUAUGUUUGGGAAGCUGUAGCAGACAGUAGCUCAUAUGUUAUCAAGGAGGAAACCAAUCCUGAAAAGCUUCUAAACCGUGGCACACAAAUUACUCUUUAUCUAAGGUCGGAUGACAAAUAUGAAUUCUCGGAUCCAACCAGAAUUCAGAAUUUGGUGAAGAAUUACUCCCAAUUUGUUUCUUUCCCCAUAUACACUUGGCAAGAAAAAUCAAGGACAAUCGAGGUAGAGGAGGAAGAAACACCAAAAGAAGGAGAAGAAGAAAAGCCAGAGAGUGAGAAGAAAAAGAAGACGACUAAAACCGAAAAGUAUUGGGAAUGGGAAUUAGCAAAUGAAACAAAACCGAUAUGGAUGAGAAAUCCAAAAGAAGUUGAAAAGGAUGAGUAUAAUGAGUUCUACAAGAAGACAUUCAAUGAGUUCUUGGAUCCACUUGGAUACACUCACUUUACUACAGAGGGUGAGGUCGAGUUUAGGAGUGUGCUGUACAUUCCUGGCAUGGGCCCUCUCAACAAUGAGGAUGUCACGAAUUCUAAAACAAAGAAUAUACGUUUGUAUGUGAAGCGUGUAUUUAUCUCGGAUGAUUUUGACGGAGAGCUGUUUCCACGAUACUUGAGCUUUGUGAAGGGUGUUGUGGACUCAAAUGAUCUUCCCCUUAAUGUUUCUCGAGAGAUCCUUCAAGAGAGUCGAAUUGUGAGAAUUAUGAGAAAGAGGCUUGUCAGGAAAACAUUUGACAUGAUUCAAGAGAUUUCUGAAAGUGAAAAUAAAGAGGAUUACAAAAAAUUCUGGGAGAACUUCGGCAGGUUUCUAAAGUUGGGCUGCAUCGAAGACACUGGUAAUCACAAGCGUAUAACUCCAUUACUUCGGUUUUACACAUCAAAAAGUGAAGAGGAAUUGACGAGUUUGGAUACAUAUGUUGAAAAUAUGAGUGAGAAUCAAAAGGCAAUUUAUUACUUGGCAACUGACAGCUUGAAAAGUGCCAAGACCGCUCCAUUUUUGGAGAAGUUGGUUCAAAAAGACAUUGAGGUUCUCUAUUUAAUUGAGCCUAUCGACGAGGUUGCCAUCCAAAAUCUGCAGACCUUCAAAGAAAAGAAAUUUGUUGAUAUUAGCAAGGAAGAUUUGGAACUUGGUGAUGAAGAUGAGGUAAAAGAGAGGGAAACCAAACAAGAAUACAAUCUUCUCUGUGAUUGGGUAAAGCAACAACUGGGAGACAAGGUGGCCAAAGUCCAAAUCUCGAAGCGUCUAAGUUCAUCACCGUGUGUGCUUGUUUCUGGCAAGUUUGGAUGGUCAGCCAACAUGGAAAGGUUGAUGAAAGCACAAGCUCUCGGAGACACCGCAAGUUUGGAGUUUAUGAGGGGAAGGAGGAUACUAGAGAUCAAUCCAGAUCAUCCUAUUAUUAAGGACUUGAAUGCUGCAUGCAAGAAUGCACCCGAAAGCAGUGAUGCCAAGAGAGCUGCUGACUUGCUGUAUGAUACAGCAUUGAUAUCCAGUGGUUUCUCUCCUGAUAGCCCUGCUGAGUUUGGUAACAAGAUAUAUGAGAUGAUGGCAAUGGCACUUGGAGGAAGAUGGGGUAGAUCCGAUGAGAUUGAAGCAUCAGAAGCUAGUGCUGGUGAAACCAAUACCGGCAACGAUGAUAGUUCGGAGACCCAAGUUAUCGAACCAUCGGAAGUAAGGACAGAAAGUGAUCCUUGGGAAGACUAGAUGUCCUCUAAUGUAAAUCUUCAUAUAUUAGUCCAUUGGUAUUUAAUCGGGAAGAUGAUAAGAAUUUUAAGAAAUAACUUUUUUCCGAGUUGAGUCGGAUACAUACUGGACUAUAAAUGGAGGUUGAUUUAAUAAAAAUGUGCUAUUAAAUUUGUUUUA